ACCAUGACCUGGACCAUUGAGAAUCUCCACAGACAAUUUAACUAUGGACAACCUCAGCUGUGUAAAAGGUGUCAUUUAUAUUUAGCAAAUAUAAUAUAGAAGGUAAUAGGAUUUUGUACAUCACUGCCUUCCAAAUAUCUGAGUCUUGAAAAUUACUAAGAUUGAACUUAACAUUGGCAAUGAGAAUUGGCAGUUUCCAAGAGGUUAAUAUUGUAAUUGCAAUGCAGCUGGGGUGGAAGACAUGACAGGAAUUCAAGAUUUUCUGAUCAAAAUUAUUUUAAUAAUGCCUAUCCUUGGACAGUGAUAUCGGUGUUAAAAAUAUGGGCAAUUUACAGUAUAAAAAGCUUUUGGAAAUGCACUUAAACUUUUCGUUGAUUUUUUUUUUUUUUACUAAGUAAAUUUGUGACCCGUUAAUUAGAAAUAAUUUUUAAAAGUCCACCCAAACCGAACUAGCUAUUUGCUGUUUUCACGUUUUGUUUUGGUCGUGGUUAGGUGGGAAAUAAUUGUGAUGCUCAAUCUUAACAAUUAGUUUGGCUCUCAAGAAAAAAAUUCUUGGACCUAUGUUGCAGGACUUCAUUUGCAGGAUUAGCUAAUAGAUAUGUUGUUGUUUGGCCUAAUUACUAUUAUAAGGCGCGAAGCUACUUACCUGUAUUUCAUGCAAUUGAGGCUUUUUCCCAAGCGUUUUUGAAAGCUGUAGUUCAGUGAGUUAAGACUCGGGCAGUGUCUUUUGGCGGGACAAUACAUGAUUAAGGCCUUUGUCCGCUGAGCGGAACCGCAAUGAGUUUCUCUCGCGCCGCCUUCACCCCUUCAAGAAUGCCGUUUAUACUGGGCCAAUCUGUAACGGCGCAGCCAACCCCUCGUGUUUUGGCCACAGAGAACUUUUUGCCUUCGCUUCCCGCUUCCUAGUGUCUCGCCCGUCACCGGAUCUUAGAUGCGGAUUUGAAUAAAUUUCAAGUCGCCGCCCAUUUCUCGUUUUAUAGAGCCGCCAUUUUCCCCGUUUCUAUGUAUUCGCAAUUUUUCUCCGGAGGAUCAAAAGUCUACUUAAUCUUCUAUAUACGCCGUAUAUAGGCGUAUAAGGCUACGUUUUGAGCGCAGUGUUAGAGACUAGUUCGAAGGACUUCCGAAUUUGGGAUCCAUCUCUUCAGCCGGUUGUUCUCUUCAGAUUACUAGCAGCAGUCGAAGCGCGUUUUUUGAGGUGAAAGCGGCACUAGGGCCUGGCCGAGCGGAAACGCAUUACUCGUUCGCCGCCAUUUCCUAAGAACGCAGCGCGUACCGCUACAGCCGCCCGGCUUUCUGUGUUUGGAGAGGUGAAGUGACUAUUCAAACCGUCUCCAGUGUCCUGGACGAGGAUAUCGGUCGCCAUGUGUACGUGGGCAACAGAAGGCGAAACUGAGACCACCCUCACAUCUGGCAUGAUGUUGAACGCGGAAGGCGGUGAGGGUUAUGUCGUAAAAGUGCGGGGAUUGCCCUGGUCCUGCUCUGCAGAUGAAGUGCAAAGAUUUUUCUCUGAAUGCAAAAUAUUAAAUGGAUCUUCAGGGGUCCGUUUUAUCUACACAAGAGAAGGAAGACCAAGUGGAGAAGCAUUUGUUGAAUUAGAAACAGAAGAAGAUGUGAAAUUGGCAUUGAAAAAAGACAGAGAAACAAUGGGACACAGAUAUGUUGAAGUCUUCAAGUCAAACAACGUUGAAAUGGAUUGGGUUCUGAAGCAUACUGGUCCUAACAGCCCUGAUACUGCUAAUGAUGGUUUUGUACGUCUUAGAGGACUUCCAUUUGGUUGUAGCAAGGAAGAAAUUGUUCAGUUUUUCUCAGGGUUGGAAAUCGUGCCAAAUGGGAUAACAUUGCCGGUGGACUUCCAGGGGAGGAGUACGGGGGAGGCCUUCGUGCAGUUUGCUUCACAGGAAAUAGCUGAAAAGGCUCUAAAGAAACACAAGGAAAGAAUAGGGCACAGGUACAUUGAAAUCUUCAAGAGUAGCAGAGCAGAAGUGCGCACUCAUUAUGACCCUCCUCGCAAAUUAAUGACCAUGCAGCGGCCUGGUCCUUAUGACCGGCCAGGUGUGGGAAGAGGUUAUAACAGCCUUGGUAGAGGCAGUGGUUUUGAAAGAAUGAGGCGUGGUGCUUACGGUGGAGGCUAUGGUGGCUAUGAUGACUACAACGGAUAUAAUGAUGGCUAUGGCUUUGGAUCUGAUAGGUUUGGAAGAGAGUGGACUCUCCUUUCUGCAGGAAUGUCAGAUCAUAGAUAUGGUGAUGGAUCCUCUACUUUCCAAAGUACAACUGGUCAUUGUGUACAUAUGAGAGGAUUACCUUACAGAGCUACUGAGAAUGAUAUUUAUAAUUUCUUUUCGCCUCUUAAUCCGGUAAGAGUACACAUUGAAAUUGGACCUGAUGGCAGAGUCACUGGAGAGGCGGAUGUUGAGUUUGCUACUCAUGAGGAUGCUGUUGCUGCAAUGUCGAAAGACAAAGCAAAUAUGCAACACCGAUAUGUAGAACUCUUUUUGAAUUCUACAGCUGGAGGAAGUGGUGGUGCAUAUGGAAGUCAAAUGAUGGGAGCAAUGGUCAAGGAAACAGAAGGCGUGGUUCAAGAUUGGAACACUAACACAUUGGCAGGAAGCCAAUCCAGUUAUGGUGGUCCAGCUAACCAGCAGUUAAGUGGGGGUUAUGGAGGAGGCUACGGUGGUCAAAGCAGCAUGAGUGGAUAUGUUUGGCAAAUGCCGAGUGAUCAAGAUUUGGAUCCAAUCCACACGAAACUAGUUCUGGCAUCUCAUGGUAACCAGAGUGCAAUGAACAGCAGCUACUACAGCAGUGGUAAUCGUGCAUCCAUGGGGGUGAAUGGCAUGGCUGGAAUGUCUAACAUGUCCAACAUGAGUGGUGGCUGGGGAAUGUAACUUGUCACCUGAUUUUUUUUUUGUCAACUUUUUUAAGAAAACAAAAAACUAAGUUUAACAGUUUUGCAAUACAAGCUUGUGAUUAUGCUUUACUUGUAAGUGAAAUCAGGAUCAUUUUAAAACAUUCAGGUUCAGUAUUUUUGAAUAUGCUGAAACAUUCAUCUAGGGUGUAAGUCCAGUAAAGAAGUUCCUGUUAAACAACUCUCAGCUUUUUCCAGUUUUUGUUGUAGGAAUGUAUUUGAGCAGUAAAUGUAUUUAGGUUAAAGCUGUUUCAAUUAUGUUAAAUGUUGCUCUUAUACCACAUAACACCAAACACUUUUCAGUGCAUGUUCAGGAACAUGCUUUUUGUACAAACAAGUUAUAGGAGCUGUGUUGGAAAUUCAAGUGAACCUUUGGCAUGUUAGUUCUAGUUUUUUCUUUUAAUAUCUCGUAAGGCACAUUUACGCUUUUUAAGUUAAUAGGGAAAUGUGAGGUGCAAUACAGCUUACCUUUAGGAUUUUGGUCUUAGUGUUCAGAUGACAUCUGAGACCUUGGUUUAAUCUUUUAUUGUGUUGUGAUUUAUUUUUAGGUGUAUUGCGCUAAGUGAAACUUGUUCAAAUAAAACUUCCUUUUAAAAACUGGGAA